ACUCGCAACUUAAAAACGUCAACAUCUGAUUCUCAACAGCACUACUGACAUUCGUGUGAUUUGAUGACAAAUGCAAAUCGAAUACGUGUCUCACUCCAUAUCACAGUUAUACGUUACGGAUAGAUAAUUCAUUUCCUACUUGUUGUUUUCAAUCGGAUUCCACUUCUGAAUUACAAAAAAUGGCAAAGGUUACAAUAAACUUGUUACCUGCAGAUAUAAUCAUAUGCAUCUUAGAAGACAGACUACUCGGUUUUUUGGACGUGGUUAAUUUCAGUUCAACGUGCAAAAGUUUAUAUAGAAAUGUCAAUAACAAUAAUCAGAUUUGGAGGACGAAAUUUUUUCAAAGAUGGCCACUUUUGAAAGAAGUUUAUCAAACAAAUAAUGAAGUAGAUAGUUCAACGAUAAACUGGAGGGACGAGGCUAAAGCUAGUUUAAACAGCAGAAUGAAGUUGCUUUAUCAUCUAUCAUUGAUGUCUAGUAAACACUAUAAAAAGCAUCUGUUAUUACCAAACUCCGUGUUUAAGGAGUUCGAUCAUCUGUUUCUUGUGGAGGAAGGUGCUCACCCAUUAGCUUAUCACUUUCUUGUAGAUGAACUUUUCAGCUUGAUCAAAGCACCCGCUAUAAGUAGUAAUCUAACGCAUAGGUAUUAUGCUCUUAAAGUUAUUCGAUAUUUAAAACACUGUCAAUUGAGGAACGAAUGGAAAAAGUUUACGUCCUUACCACCAAAGGAACAAACUUUGGAACGGGGAGCAGUCAUUGUAGCUCAAUGGAGUCAACCAGAAAAACAUAUAUCAUACUCAUAUAUAUCAUCAGUAUUGGAUAAUAUAGCAGAUCAAACUAAAGAAGUACUUAGAGAACAGUACCCGAAUCACUCCAUAUUUUCGACUUCAGCAGAUCAAUUUAAUGUUUGGAAAAAUAAUAUUAUCGACGAUAAUCAAUGGAAUGUUACGGAAUCAAGACAAAUAACAGAUGCAUUGUGCCAAGUAUUAUUCCAAAAAUUAGGAUUUUCUGGAAAUAGCGAGAUGUUUUAUUUAUCUGAAAAUUCAUUUAUAGAUUGUGUCUUAGAACAGAGACGUGGAAUUCCCGUAACUCUAGCGAUAGUAUUCGAAAGUGUUGCUCGUAGAUUGGGUAUCCAUUGCGAACCCGUUAACUUUCCAUCCCAUUUUCUGUUACGAUGGAAGGAAUCGUAUGUUUCCGGAUCGGAAGGUGGAGAGAAUUUUUAUAUCGAUGUUUUCAAUGGUGGUCAAUUUUUAACUCAGAAAAGUUGUCCUAGAAUUGGUGUGGUUUCAAAGUGUCCGAUAGAGAAGUAUAAUAUUCAUACGGCGGCAACAGCUGUAGAAGUAGUAAGCAGAAUGGCAAAUAAUUUGGAAUUUGCCUCCAGACAACACACUCAUGAUUUACACAGAACUGCAAGAUUACUUUCUGCUCUUCAAUUUCAACAUAUGAUAUUUCCUAAUGAUGCGAGCAUAAUUUCGAAGUUAGUUCGUACAUAUAUCUUAUGGAAUAUGGACGUAACGGAACUAGUGGAAAUAUUAGAAAACAUAAGAGACUCGAAGACUUCAGAAGUAAUAGCGAAAAGGCAAGCAAAUGUUAUUUUACGGUUACUUCAGGAACGCCAAACACAUUUACCACGAGAGAGAGAAGUGGAACCUAAGAAAAGAGUGCCAGGUAUAACAUAUGCAGUAGGACUGAUAAUGAGGCACAAAGUAUAUGGGUAUCAUUGCGUGAUAAGAGGAUGGAAUGCACGUGAUAGUAUGUCCCCGUCGUCUAUGAAUCAACUAGAAAUAAGUGAUCUAAGGUGUAUCACCAGCCGAGAUCAAAAAGUUUAUACUGUAUAUGUAGACGAUGGAUCGUGUCGGUUUGAGGUUGAAGAAAACCUGUCUCUGGCUCCGCAACCAGGAUGGAUAAAUAAUGAUGCCAUUGGUAGAUACUUCUGCAAAUUUAAUGGUACUCAUUAUAUACCGAACGAAGAAACAGCGCGAGAGUACCCAGAAGAUGAAAAAGUCCGCAACGAAUUACUUGCUACAUAUAUGCAAAGUGAUAUGUAAAAUGAUACUAUGCAACAGCUUCCUUAUCUACUUGGAAUACAAGGAAAGGAUAAAAAUAAACAUUUUAAUUUUCGCGUUUCGUCAAAUGUAAUCUUUCGUUCUAAAUAAAUUCCUGUAUUUUUCUAAAUAGGGAAAAACAAAGAAUGUAAAAUCUUUCUGUGUACAUGUUAUUAAAAACUCAGGAAUUAUAGGUUAUUAAUUGUAAUGGGUUAAGAAAAGAAACACACUACUGAUUACAGAUAACGCUUAUUAUAUAGAAUUAAUAAUGCUAUAUAAUCGUCCAGAGAACGUAGAGUACCUUCUGACUUCUAACUCGUUCAUAUGUGAUAUAGAUGCAUAUGAAUAUAUUAUCUGUAAUAAGGAUGAGAGGGUGAUCAACGCUUUAAUGAUGGCACUACGUUAUGUUCGUAAGUACCGUGUACUAAUCGAUUUAUACUUCUUAUUCAAGUAUUUAAAUUUUUAAUGGAUAGUAAACGAAAACGUGAUUUGAUCGGGAAUAGUUUUACAUAAAUUAGUUAUGGUUUAAAUACACAAUAAAAAGUACCAAUGAAAUAUAUUUAUUUAAGUGUGGUCUUUAAUCGAUUUCACUAUCGCAGGCUGUGCUCGACUAACGUAUAAUCGAAAGCAAUCACAUAUAAAUAGUACAAAAUUUGUUUUCAUAAUAUUUGCAAUACCGUUACCAUUCGAAGAAAUAAAGCAAACUUCUUGAGUAUUUUUAUUCUAUAUAAUAUAUUAAUAUUCAAAUCUAAAUAAGUGAACAUUUACCGAAAAAGUAGCAUAUGUGUCUAACGAACAGUGAUGAAGAAUGUAAAUUACAUGGUAUGGAAUGAUACCGAAGUCAUAUGUUUUUACGUAUGCUUUUCUCGAUCUGAAACAUAUUGAUCCACGUUUUGACAACUAUUAACAUCUAAUUAAAAUAACAAAAUUGUGUCAUAACGAGUAGUGAAUUAUCGUCAAAUUAUUACAAAAUAUACGCGCGGUAUGUUAUAUCUUAUGUUUUUAAAUAUCGUUUUGUACCUGUUAUAAGACAAUUACUUCAAUAGAUAGUUCCACUUAUGAUAAUACGUUCAAGUAUAUCAGAUCUAUAAUCUGAGUAUUUUUACUUUUCUUUUUAUCACUUCUAAUAAGAACAAUUAACGUAUAGAUGAACAAAAAAUCACAGUACACUUGUAAUAUUGUAAUAUUAAGUACAGCGGAUGUAAUUCAAGGAGAACUCGAUGAGUGAGUUUCUUCUAGUGACCUGUAAUAGUAAUAAUAAUAAUAAUAAUUUAAUGUUACGUUUAUAA